AUGGACGGAUCGUCGGUUAAUUUGCCUACACAACGCAGAGUUUUGAACCCCCGUAACACUAAUCCGAAUCUGUCAGGUAUCACGAGCCCUAUCUUUGAUUCUCUUGAUCAAAGGGCAAUAUUAUGGAGCUGUGCACCGAAAGAUGUAAAUAUUUUUCAUUGCAAUGUUGGCGAUUGCCAUGCCGCAGGCCAGCUUCCUAUCACAUUCUUUCGCCAGAUUAUGGCUGGUUUGUGCCUUCCAUGUUUGUUGGAUGACAUUACCUUCCCUACGGACGUGAAACGUCGGGUAAAACUCAUCCGCAAUUCCUGUCACGGGCACAGUGUGGGGUCGUACAGUGACAUUUUGGGUAUCAGAACACUUCGCGAAGCCGUUGCUGAUUUUAUCGAGCAAAGGGAUGAAUUUCCUUCCAAUAUCGACGACAUCUUUCUCACUUGCGGUGCUACUGAAGCCAUCAGAUAUCUACUAUGCUUGCUCUCAACCGGUCUGGAUGGUGCCAAGCGUGCUGGAAUUAUGCUGCCUAUUCCGCAAUUCCCUUUUUAUUCGGCAACAAUCACAGAGUUUAAUCUCUACCAAAUCGGCUACUAUCUCGAUGAAACUCGUAACUGGGAUUUGAAUCCGGAAGAGCUUACAAGAGCACUGACAGAGGCACGGGACAGAUGCAUCCCUCGUGCAAUUGUUGUGAUUAAUCCGGGCAAUCCGACUGGACAGGUCUUGUCCCGAGAGAGUAUGGAGCAGGUGAUCCGUUUCGCUGUUCAACACGGCUUGGUUUUGUUAGCUGAUGAGGUGUACCAGUUCAAUGUCCACUAUCCGGAGUUUUAUCCUUGGAUAAGUUUUAAACGCGUUCUUCACGAGAUGGGCGCCGGCUUCGCUGAUCGGCUAGAAAUGGCCUCUUUCAUGUCUUGCAGUAAAGGAUACGUGGGGGAGUAUGUUUCACUAUCCCCUAUCCAUUCGUCCGCACUGUGA